CUAUGAAAUAUGUAUCAAGUUAGUAAGUGGUAGCAGCAAUUCCUGCCCGAGGCAGAUGGAUCACUUUCAUUUCGCAGGAUGAUUUCCAGCCCCGCCGAGGAUUUCCCGAGUUGCUGCCGCGAUCGGAGGCGGCGGCCGGCCUGAGCAUGGAGGGCCAUGCGGGGGCUCCUCGCUGCGUGCAAGGCGAGCAGGAGUGAGCGGCGGGCAGAGAAAGUGCAGGCGACCCCCCUCUGCUCGUCCUUUGUCUGGAUUUGUCCCCUCUCCCCGGGGCAUGCUGGCGGCCCGUCCUCUGGAGCGUUUGGCUGGGGAUGUGGAAGAAGCUGUGGAAUAAUAUGGGUGGCAGUCACUCCCACAAAACUCCCGUGUUUGAUGAGAAUGAGGACGUUAAUUUUGACCAUUUUCAAAUACUUCGGGCUAUUGGGAAAGGGAGUUUUGGAAAGGUGUGUAUUGUGCAGAAGAGAGACACCAAGAAAAUGUAUGCCAUGAAAUAUAUGAAUAAGCAGAAGUGCAUUGAGAGAGAUGAAGUCCGAAAUGUUUUUCGGGAGCUACAGAUCAUGCAAGGCCUUGAGCAUCCCUUCCUAGUCAACCUAUGGUAUUCAUUUCAAGAUGAAGAAGACAUGUUCAUGGUGGUAGAUCUGUUACUUGGAGGGGAUUUGCGCUACCAUUUACAACAGAAUGUGCAUUUUAAUGAAGGAACGGUUAAAUUAUAUAUUUGUGAGCUGGCACUUUCACUGGACUAUUUGCAGAGAUAUCAUAUAAUUCACAGGGAUAUCAAACCUGACAACAUACUGCUGGAUGAACAUGGGCAUGUUCACAUCACUGACUUUAACAUAGCGACUAUAGUAAAAGGAUCAGAAAAAGCUUCUUCUAUGGCUGGUACUAAGCCCUACAUGGCUCCAGAAGUGUUCCAGGCUUUCAUGGAUGGAGGCCCAGGAUACUCAUACCCUGUAGACUGGUGGUCACUGGGAAUUACAGCAUAUGAAUUACUCAGGGGUUGGAGGCCAUAUGAAAUUCAUUCCACCACCCCAAUUGAUGAGAUCCUCAACAUGUUCAAGAUAGAAAGAGUUCAUUACUCAUCUACAUGGUGUAAGGGCAUGAUAGCACUACUUAAAAAGCUCCUCACUAAGGAUCCAGAAUGUCGUCUCUCAAGCCUUGCAGAUGUCCAGAGCUCUCCAUACCUAGCUGAUGUGAACUGGGAUGCUGUUCUAGAGAAAGCCGUGACCCCAGGCUUUGUUCCUAAUAAAGGAAGACUGAAUUGUGAUCCUACAUUUGAACUAGAAGAAAUGAUUUUAGAGUCUAAACCCCUUCAUAAAAAGAAAAAGCGACUUGCAAAAAAUAAAUCCAAAGAUGGAGCAAAGGAAAGCUGUCCACUGAAUGUACACCUGCAGCAAUGCUUGGAAACAGUGAGGAAAGAAUUCAUCAUAUUCAACAGACAAAAAUUAAGACAACAGCAGGAUCAAAGUGGACAGACAUCUAGUAUGGAAAGCAGAGCAUCCCUUCAGACACAUGGAAGGCUUCAGGAUGGAUGCAACAACAAUAUACUGGGACAUGGCUGCACAAGAGGCUGCAGCAGCUAGUUAGACACAAAUUCUGGAGCAAAGCCUAACCCUGAGCGUCAGCAAAAACUCAUCUCUGUGCACGCAAUGAUUAUUUCUUCCCCUGCACUCCAAAAAGUGUGAUUUCUUUGAAAGGUGGAAUUCCCUAUGAGAAAUACGAGAAGCACAUAGACUGAGAAUGCAGUUUACACAGCCAAUAUUGUUUCCCUUUAUCCUGUUCUAUUGGAAGAAUUGCCAAUGGCAGCAAAAUCAUGUUUUAUGAGUUGACUCCUCUUACAAUAUCUUCAAAAUCCUGGAACAAAACUUGAAAGGCUUCACUUGGCAAUCUCUUCAAGGUUGUCAUAUUCCUGGCUACUUGCCAGUAGCCAGCAUUGUCCUGAAGUCCGAGUAUUAUCA